AUGGCAUAUGCCACAAACUCUCUCGUCAUCCUCUGGUUGCUUAGCCUAGUCAACGGGAGCUAUGCACCCAAGUCCCAAGUUUCCUAUCUCAGGCCACGUGCCGAUACUGUGGAACAGAAUAGCUCCUCCAUCUUGACGGAGAGCCUUUUGAAUCCAAAUGCCACGGGAAGCUGGCCAAUCUUCGGCAUCGAUGUGUCGAAGCCACUUGCGGAGACUCCAACAAACAAUGAGUUCGGCCACGGAAACGGGUGGAACAUCGACGUUGCAGUUGCCACAAACGUUAGUGGGGGAACUGUGAGCAAUUCGAACCCGUCGAAAAUCAGUCUUGACUCCUCAAACGAUCCGGUCAAAAGAGGAAACGAAACUGACGGGUACCAUAUCUGCUCAUAUGUUUGGUGGCAGAUGAGCUGGACUGAGAACAAGAUCAAGGAGCUCAAUGAUGAUAUCCAAGGCUCAUGUGGUGGCGUCAUCCCACAAAAUUGUAUCGACGAUCUUAAAGAAACUGCAGCGAAGGUCCAGUGCGAUAGUUCUUUGGAGUCUUCGCUGUACGGCAUCGGAUUCGACAUUCCGGCGAGCUGUAGCGACUCAAUGGCUUAUACAACGGCAGAAAGAAGAAAUCUCACAACGGAGUUCAUCUCUAACGCCUCGGCCUCUUCGCACACGUUAUUCCAGUCAACUGCACCCUACAACAUUCCUGGCAACGAUAGUAAUACCAGACAGGUCUAUGACUACGCGGUGACGCAGGUCUGGCCCGUGAUGCUCUCUUACAGUUAUACUGAAGGGAGCGCGGUCUCAAAUUACACCGUCUUCCGCUGCGUUCGCGCCAAUAACAUUACGGCUGGAAGUCGGUCACCCGAAAGCUUCGGAAAUAGACCGAGUUCAUCGACUCAGCACAGAUCGUCGUUCGCGGGUCUUUUCGUUGGCUUGCUAGUUGCUACGAUCGUUUCGUCUUGGAUGUAG